AUGAAGAUGCACUUCUGCAUCCCGGUGACCCAGCAGCGGCCCGACGCGCUGGGGGGCCGCUACGUGCUCUACUCCGUGCAUCUGGACGGCUCCCUCCUGUGCCGGGUGCGCUACAGCCAGCUGCACCGCUGGGACCAACAGCUGAGGCGGGUCUUUGGAAACUGCCUGCCCCGUUUCCCACCCAAGCACUAUCUUGCGAUGACCCCGUCGAUGGCUGAAGAGAGGCGGGACCAGUUGGAACAAUAUUUGCAAAAUGUGGCUGUGGAUCCUGGCAUGUUGAGAAGCGACGUCUUUGUGGACUUCUGGAAGCUGGCACAGCUGGACACAUUUCGCAUCAGCCCUGAGGAGGCCUCUCUGGCCGUGUUUCUGCCCAGUGGAAGGAGCGUGCAGCUGACAGUUCUCACCUCGGACACGGCUGACAGAGUCCUGGAGGUGCUGUCGCGCCGGCUGGGGCUGUGUGCAGAGCACCAGGACUACUUCGGCCUGUUCCUCAUUGGCUUCCAGCAGGAGGCUGAGCCCUCUGUCCUGAAGAAACUGGCUGUCUUUGAACUCCCGUUUGUUACUCUGCGAAGUGCUGAAGUGGAGAACUGCAGAGUGGAACUCAGGAAGUGGUACCUGGACCCUGCCCUGGACUCCAGGCUGAUGGACUGCGGCUCUGCCCGAGAUUUGCUCUACACGCAGGCGCUGCGGGACAUGGCAAAAGAGUGGCCCAAGCUCAGCGAAGCGCAGAGGCAGGAGCUGGAGGCGCUCCAGAAAGAAGACAACCAAACCAGGUUCCUGGAGCUGGCCCAGGGGGUCCAGCACUACGGGCACCUGCAGCUGGACCCCUGCACCUGUGACUUCCCGGAGCCGGGCUGCACGGCUGAGCUGGCGGUGGGCGGCAGUGCCAUCCACUGCCGGGUCUCGCUGCCCGAGCGGGACGUCAGUUUCGAGAUGAGCAGCCUGCGGUGCUGGCAGGUCGCCUUCCAGGUGAGUGCUUUCUUGCUGAGUAACUGCCUGCAGAAGAUGGUCUUGGAGAAGGCAGCGAAGCUGGCUGCAGAGGACUCAGAAAUGCAGAUUGAAGACCCAGGACGAGGCCAAGGUCAAAAGUGCCGCAAUCCCCCAAGCCUAAACUGGAAAGAUUGUUCUACUUCUCGAUCGAGGAAAAGCAAAGUUCACACAACUUCUGCCAACUGCGUUUGGGGGACCAUAACAGAGGAAGACCUUUGA